AAUUCCUUGCCUUACGUGCCCAAGUAAACCAGAAGGUUCCAUGUUUGUAAUGGUUAAACUCAAUUUGUUUCUGUUAAAUGAUAUACAAAAUGAUCUUGAUUUUUGCAUCAAACUAUCCAAAGAGGAGAGUGUGAUGGUUCUACCAGUGACAGUGACUAAGAAUAAAUACGGAUGUCAAUAUUCAAUAACAAGCUGGAGUAAGAGGAGUGUUUCCAAUUAGGUCAAAUAAUUGCUUAUUUUCGGCAUUGGUCUUUUGCUUUGUGGUGUUCUAAGUGUGAAGCAAUCAGGUAAUUCGUAAUCAACAACCAAUAAGCAAAAAACACAAUAUGCUAACAGAAACCGCCAUGGAAGACAAUCAAAGCAUUAACAAGCUAUGGAAAUUCAACACCCUUGAGGAAAAUACAGAGUUACAAUCAAGGAAGAAAAACAAAAAGCCGUUGACGGUUAGAGGAGCUUUAAGCAUGCUUAAUGGAAAUGUGAACCCCAUUGAUAACCGUACUGUAAUUCCUCUUGCUCAUGGAGAUCCGUCUCCUUUCGAUUCCUUUCGAGCUUCUGCCGACGCUGAGGAUUCCGUCGUUACUGCUCUUCGAUCGGCCUCCUUCAAUGGCUACGCUACUACCUUCGGCCUUUCUUCCACAAGAAAGGCAGUAGCAAAUUACGUAUCGAAGGAUGUUCCUUACAAAGUAUCAGCAGAUGAUGUUUACUUGACGUCUGGCUGUAAACAUGCAAUACAGGCUGCAAUUUCUGCUAUUGCUUUUAUACCUAAUUCCAAUAUUUUACUGCCAAAGCCAACUUUUGCUUUGUAUGAUGCUAUUGCUGAUUUUUAUGGCCUUCAAGUCCGCCAUUAUAAUCUUCUUCAAGAAAGAAACUGGGAGAUUGAUAUCGGCUCAGUCCAAGAUUUAGCUGAUGAUAAUACUGUGGCUGUUGUUGUUAUUAACCCUGGUAAUCCUACUGGAAGUGUCUACAGUUACCAACAUUUGCAAAAUGUGGCUAAAGCAGCAAGGAAACUUGGAUUACUUGUGAUUGCUGAUGAAGUUUAUGAACAUAUCGUUUUUGGUCGCAAUCCAUUUGUUCGUAUGGCAGUUUUUGCAUCAUUAGUGCCUGUUCUUACACUCAGUUCCUUAUCAAAGAGGUGGAUUGUACCUGGCUGGCGCAUUGGUUGGCUAGUCACUACUGAUCCUAAUGGUGUCUUACAGAAAUCUCAGUUUAUAGAGCGUAUCAAAGCGUUUCUCAUCAUUAGCUCUGAACCUUCAACAUUCAUUCAGGCCGCAGUACCUGAAAUUAUAGAGAAGGUAGACAAAGAGUUCUUUUCGAAAUGUAUCAAUGUGCUGCAACAAGAUGCAGAUAUGGUCUUUGAUAAACUUGCAGAUAUUCCUUACAUCACAUGUCCUUAUAAACCAGAAGGUUCCAUGUUUCUUAUGGUUAAAUUAAAUAUCUCUAUGUUGGAUGGCAUACAAGAUGAUACUGAUUUCUGCAUGAAGCUUGCUAAUCAGGAGAAAGUGAUCAUUCUGCCUGGUUCAACUGUCGGAAUGGAAAAUUGGCUUCGUAUAACCUUUGCCAUUGAGCCACCGGUGCUCGAAGAAGGUCUUGAAAGGGUAAAAGUCUUUUGUCAAAGGAACGCCAAGGCAUAAUAUAAUCAUUACCACUUUAGUCCAAGUGAAGGAUUGAUGAUGGCUUAUUUCGUAUUACUUGCAUGACUGAAGAUCUUGAUCAUUAGACUGACGUACAACUUUAAUGUGAAAAGUCUGUCAGUUUUCCAAUGUCAAUUUAAUAAGUGUGUAAUUCUAUUGUUGUCAUGUUCUUUUUGGUAAACAACCAAGUCUUUGAGCUGUACAACCUUAUGGCAGCGGUCAGCAGCAGCCAUGUAACUCCAAACCAUUACCAACUAACCAAUGCCGAAAGCCCAGCCAGCCACCAACUCGGUGCAGGGCGUUGUUCAAAGAGAAGAAUCCCAAAGGAUGUAAUCUUAGAGGGCGGUUAGGUGGUUGUAUGGUCAAAGAAGAAUGACAAUUAGAGCUACUGAUUUCAUUAACUGAAAACCGAUUUUAUGAACUAAUUUAACCAGCUGUUUUUAUUAGCA